AGGUACGGUCGCAGGAGGAGAUUAGUCGAUAAAAAUGGCGAAGCCUUUGGGUACAACCGGCGAGUUUUUCCGGCGAAGAGAUGAGUGGAGGAAGCAUCCGAUGCUUUCGAACCAAACGAGACACGCUCUCCCUGGUCUCAGCAUCGGAGUCGCGGCCUUCUGCGUCUACCUCGUAGGUGAGCAGAUCUACAACAAAGCUCUGGCUCCUUCCACCAAAUCAUCUCACCACAACCAGAACCAGCCUGCUCCGUCUAACUGAAUAGCAUCGAUCAGAUACAUCGUUGCUGAUUGAUUCAUCUUGAGGUAUCAAAUCAUUUCGUUGCUCCCAAUCUUUCACCUGGAAAUGAGAAAUUUUUCUUGUAUCAAAGCAUUAUAUAAAAGAGUGCAACUUGUUAGUCAAGAAACUAUCCGAAUCUGCGGUGGAUCAAUCUCCAGUCGAUUUGAGCAAAUUAAAACCCUUUAAUUUUCUGGCUAACCGCGAGCAUCGUGUUUAGAGUUGUUUUAGGACAGAACAUCCAUGAGAGACAGGAGGCCGGGUCUUCUUCCCCAUUUCUCUCUUCUUCCUCUCCGGCGAUCUCUCUCUCCUUCCGGCGUUCUCCACCUUCUCUCGCGACGAUCUCUCCGGCGA